UUUUCGGAAGACAUUAACGACGAGUAAUUUUUUCGUUUUCUUUACGUAUUCGUAGGAUUCAUUUUCAGAGCAGCAGCGGUUUAGCAGAUAGUAAAAGCAGAUUAAAAUAAAUUUGCUACAAAAAUAAAUGUUGUAAACAUUUUUGCAUUCGAAUUUUGACGUUUUGUAACGCCAAAUCGUUAAGUUUUGCAGGCAUAAACAUAAUAUUAGCAAGAUAGCAAAAAAUAGUGGAAGUGAUACAAGUAAGAAAGUGCAAAUUGUAAAAUAUUUAUCUAAUUUCUUGCUGAUCUCUAACUUUUCACCAAUAAAAUGGGUGAAAUCAAGUCUGUAAAAGUGGACAACUGGGGAGUCUUCUUCCUUCAGAAGUUACAAAAUUUCUUCAAUAAGACCGAUUAUUGUGACCUCACCCUUCAGUUUCGGGAUAACUCACAACUUAAGGUACACCGCUUAGUGUUAAGCGCUUGUACAGAUUAUUUCAAUGUACUAGAGCAGACAUGUGAAAUGGUGGAUGAUGCACUCAUCAUGCCCAAUGAACUCCAAGCCGAUGUGGUUGUGCCUAUUGUUAAUUUCAUGUAUACCGGUACAUUAGAAUUCGAACUGAAAAUGUAUGGAAAGCUUUUGCGAACAGCUAAAGAUAUGAAUAUGACGGUUUUGUUGAAAUUACUGGAAGCACACCGCCGUACAAUGGAAGGGGUAAACCGAAUGCAACGUCCCCCUAGUCCAAAGCCCUUACGUCGACGCGUUCCAACAGCUGCAAAUAUACCUGCGCAGCAAUCUGCUUUCCAGCAAAGAAGAAUAUUAACGUCGCCCAAUAAUCUAUCCGGAGGCCAGCGUCGUAUCACUCAAACAAAAACCAUUAGCACCAAUGCAGCUUCUACAUCGCAACAGGGUCAAUAUCGACAACAGAUAGGAUCUACUUCUCUAAUAAAAACAACAAGUGGCAAUAAUAGUGGCAAUAUUCAAAGCCGAUCACAAUACGGCAAUCAAACUAUACAAGAAACUCAUCAAACCACUAUUAAACUGGAGCCAGAAGAACCAUCCGCCACAUCGCCAUUUGAACAAUUACGUAAAGGUUACAAUAAUAACAAAAGACCAGCUAGCAGCACUUUAAUAUCACCUCCAACAAAAAAGCUUAAUAUUGAAGAUGUAAAAGAAUUUGCUGAACAACAACGAAUGAGAAAACAAAUUGCUGCAGAAUAUGGUGACGAUCAAGGCGAGUAUGAGAGCAGCAUGAUGGAGGAUGACAUUCACAAUGAUGAUGAUGACGAUGAUUUGGCUACCACAUCAGCAACUGGCACGUCUGCAACCAACCAACCAUCCACAUCACGACAAACACAUUUACAACAUGGGGGAACUACAAUAACGAUCAACCAGAAUGAGAAGCCUCCUACAAUUGUGGUUAAAGACAGUUCUAAUUCUAAAAUGAACCAUGCGAAAAUAAUUAAAGAAGUACUUCGGCAAUAUCCGCAUUUAGUGAAGAGUAAUAAAAAUAUAAAAUUAAAAAUAAUGCCUAGUACCGGUGACCAGCCUCAGAAAAUCAUUGUAAAGAAGGAACAAGUGGAUAAUACUACAAACGACGCGCAACAGCAAACAUCUUCGUCUCAAUCUCAAUCAGUUCUACGAGCACCAACAUCAUCUCAAACAUUAUUGAAGCCAAUGGAAAAACAGCAGGUCAAUGUUCAGCAACCAACCGCACCGAAGGUAACCCCAGCUCAACAAAAGCAAUCUGCACCAACAGGACCUAUUACAGUCGGAGUUGGAACUGCCACGCCUGCGCCACCAGCACAAAAACGUCGAAUUGAUAGCAAAACAAUGCAUGCGUUGAUUGCAUUGGGUGCAGAAAACACAACUGGCCCUUGGUUGUGCCUACGGUGCGGCGUUAAUGGUCGUCCAAUAAGUAUUCCAUCGUAUCGAGGCUUCCGUCGUCAUUUGAUAAAUACACACAAAGAACAAAUUGAUCCCGCUCUAUGUGAACAUUGUGGCUGGCGCUCAAGCGGUAAACGUGAACUUCAUUUUCAUAUGGAAGUAGAGCACAAGGUGAAGACUACGUCAUUCACUUUCCCACAGUGUUUGUUGUGCUCAGACUCAUUUUUAGAUACAAAUGCCCUUAACCAACAUAUGAUUGAUGCCCAUCCAGAUGAAAACAAGCAACAAUGUAUUUAUUGUAAUAAAAUAUUUGCUCGUGAAAUGCAAUUGUAUAACCACAUGAAAACUUAUCAUAAAAAACAAGCACUCGAAGAUGGUAUAAUUGAUUACUCAGAUGAAGAAUUUUCCGAAUCUCAAGAUGCCACUGAAGUAGAGGAUAAUUCUACGAAAGAUAAAAAGGAGUCAAAGAUUAAAAUUAUUUCUGAUAUUAGUUUACCCAGUGCAGGAUCGAUAAUAAAUAUGGAGAGUGGCAAUAUUGCAACUGAUGUAAAUGCACAAAUUGGAAUUGCUGGCGAUCAUCAACAAUUUUUAGGAACAGAUGAAGGCACCAUCAUUACUACGGAACCGAAAUUUGUUAAUGUCGAAGGCAAUGAAAUGAUUUUGACAGAUGAACAACGUCAGGAGAUCAUGGCUCAGUUGAAUCAGGACCAUGGAGCUGGAGGUGUUGUUAUGGUAUUGAAUGAACCCGCUGAAGAAUAUACAGCUGAAACGACAGCAAUAAGUUCUAAUCAAGGAGACGUAGAGAGUAAUGCUGAAAAAGCGGAGACGGCACUGAGCACCGAACAGGAAGUAGAAGCCAUGGAAGAAGAAACCGGGAAUGCUGGCGCAGAAAGUUCAAUUACAGAAGAAGACUACGAUGAUAGCCAAAUUUAUAACGAACUUCAAAAUGCCCAAGGGUCACAUGGCGAUGAAGAGGGAACUGAAGAAAUGAGAUCUGCAGAAACUGUUGAUGAUAAAAAAAUGAUUACAGCGGGAAGUGCAUUAGAUGAAAGCAAAGAAUCAAUAGAAAACUUGGAAUGGGCUGAAAAUUUGAUCAGUGAACAUGAGAUGGCUGAUCAAGAAAUGGAAGCGGAAAAAAAAGUUAAGGAAAAUAAAACUGACGAUGCAAUAAACCAGAAGUUGAAGGAACUAACUGGUGAUUGGUCAGAAGACGAAAAUGAUGAAGAUCAACAAGCAGAGGCCAUGGCUACAAGUUCUGAUGUACGUGUACCAAAAGACUCUUCUUUAAGCUUAGAGGAUGAGAAAAAUAAUGAUAAAAUACAAGAAAAUAAAACAGGAGAGCAAGUUUUAAAGCUUACUGAAGAGGAAGGAACUAUCCAAAAAGAAAAAGAGGAACUUGAAACCAACAUCGUUGAUACCGCGGAAAAUGAUGAUAACCUGAAGGAUGAUGAUCCUGGUUACACAAACGCAAACGCAGAUGAUUCAAAAGGAGAUGAUGAUGAUUUAGAUACAUUAAUGAAAAAUUUACAUAAGGAGGAUGUAGAUAUUGGAGAUGAAGAAAAGGAAGAGGAAGAGGAAGAAGUACCGAAAAUGGAAGAAAGCUCUACUGAAGGCGAUGUGGUUGAUCGAGAAAAAAUUGGUAACAUUGCUUCGAAUGAAGAAAUUACAAAAGAAGACAGUAUCGUUUCACUACAAGAUAAAAAUAAAAAUGAUGAUAUUAUCGAGGCCGCUGACGACGGAAUCCCGCUAUCACGCGAGAUACUUCUAGAUGAACUUGUUAAAAAAGAACUCACAACAGCUAAAACAGAAGAUUUAACAGCAGAGAGCACAGAGGCUCCAGCCUCUACUUUAGCAGUGACAAAAAUAUCAACAGACACAGUUAAAGAUGAUUUAUCUAUGGAAGUUGACGAACUUAAUAGCAAAGAUGCUGAUGUGGAUGUAAAACAUGAGAGUGAAGCUAAGGGCGGUGAAAAUAGUGUUGAAACUGUAGAAGAAGUAGUAAAAGAUAUUGCCGCUACAACCGUCGAAACAACAGCAGAUAGUGUUGAUGUAACAAAACCAUCUGAUCGUUUAAAUAGUCUUAUUAGCGAAUGGGGUGAAGAUGAGGAAGACGAGCAAUCUGCUCCUACUUCGGCUGUAAAUACAGCAGAGGAUAAAGAGCAACUUUGAGAACUAGAUUUAAUUGCUAUGUAAGUUUUUAAACUGAAAUAUUAAGGGAUAUAUAGAAUAGGUUAUGAAUACAUGCGUUAACGCAUUAAAAACUUAAACGGAAGGAAAUAAACCACAUAAGUGGUUGUUAGUACAUAUACGUUAAGCUGUUACCUUAAUUUAUAAUUAAUGAAUGCGAAUUCACUUCGUGUUUUAUUUUUAUUUACAAAAAAAAUAUAUAAUUUACAAUUUUGUAACAUUUAAGUAAUUCCUGUUCCGUAUUUCUUAUUCGCAAAAUUUAUUAUCUUACAAUGGUUUCAUAAUUUUAUGGUACAUGAAGAUGAAAUCUUCAGUCCUGAUGAAAUACUAAUUUUAAUUUGUCAAACGAGAAAGACAUGCAUUUGUAUUAUAAAUUUUUCGUUGCAUAGCUUCUAGGUCAGCAAUUUAUGGCAAACAUUAUUAUAUUAGAAAUCAGAAAUUAUGCGAACCAAAAUAUUGUAAAUAAUUAUAAUAUACAUUUUAGAAACAACAUACAAAACAUAGUACAUACAUAUACAUAUACUCAACUAAUGAUUCUCAGUUACUUAGCCAUACAUUAAAGAAAUAUAAACAACCUAAAUGGAAAACAAUAGUUUAUUCACAGCAAGCACUUACGCAUGUAUGGUUAGGCCUAUAAUAUUUGGCCUGCGACUUUGAUCAUUUAGUACUUUGAAAAUUAUCACGACAGUAGGAAACAAAUAUAUAUGUGGAUAUUGAAUUGUAUUUCAAUAUCUCAUCUACACAACAUUUUGGUGUAUAUGGUAAUCGCAUAUCCAAAAAUAAUUAAAAUUGUUUAAUUGAUGGCUCAUCUAGUAAUUUCAAUAAAUCUAUUUUGGAAUAUAUCAUAUCUAUCUUUGCAAAAAUUACCAAAAGUAUGUUCCAGAACCAAGCGGGUUUUUUUUUAUCUUUAGCUGUAGAAUAAUAAUGUAGAACUCAAUUAUAUAUGUCAUUCUUCAACAUACAUAUGGCAUAAAACAAAAAUUCAAAGAAAAUUGUAUGCACAUUUUAUAGUUUCGCGCAAAAAAUCCGUUGAAUUCGUUAUAGUGUGACUAUUAAUGUUAUUCCUAUCAUCGGUAUUCCGUUUUUUAUAAGAAGACAAUAUGCUUACAUUUAAAAACAAUGAAUUUUGAUGAUAGUCUAUUGAGCACGCAAGUUUUUUAAUUGGGAUUUUUUCUUAUAAAAUAAUUUGAAAUAAAUCUAAACGAUAAUUGGUUGCAACUUUCAUUUGAUUGAAGCCCGUUUAACGAUAUGUUUAAAACAUCUAUGACUAUGUAUUUAUGUUACUAUAAUAAAGACAUACUUACAAAAUC